AUGGAUUUGGAUUUGGACUACUCUGAGUUGGGCGGAAAUAUCUCCUGGGUCUCACCUUUGGAGUCGGCGCAGGUCACUGAGUAUUACAUCUACUUGGGCGACAGUCCGGAGCCUGCCAAGAUGCUGGGAGAAAAUGGUAGCUUCCCAUGGUCAGGACGUUCUCAACUGGGUGUUGUGCCAUUCUUCGAUACUGAGCUCUUUGUGCCGCCAGAGACGCUUCGGCGAGGCUACGGCUAUGUUCUGGUGUAUGCCUCUUCAAGCUUGGCAGAGCAGACCACCCCAGCCGCCCACAUCAUUUACGAUGCAAAUGCCAGCGUGUCAAAUGUGAACUUCGUUGGGAAAGAUCUGGAUUUGGAGGACCUGGGUGGUUAUGUCUCUUGGGUUGAGCCUGCCAGCGAUUUGGAUCGCGUCAUGGCCUACUCAGUCUACCUUUCGCUGGAUGAUAUUGGCACCGGCCGCUCCAAAGUCGAGCAGGAUGUCCUCGUGGGCUCCAAUGAACUUCUCGUGCCACCGGAGACGCCACGGCAGAGCUUCACCCGCUUCGUGGUCUACACCAGGUCCACCCUUGUGGAGCAGAGCACUCCAACAGCUCAUCUCUUAUUUGACACCACAGCCAUGCCACAAAACCUGGACUUCCUGGACAUCGAUGUGGACCGCGGAGAGAUGGGCGGAAACCUCACAUGGAUGGCACCUACAGACCCCACUCAUGUGACAGAGUAUGUCCUCUAUUUGGGAGAGAACGCCCAUGGUUUGGACCGUUCAAUCUUGGGCAAUGUCUCGUGGGAUACCUUUGAGUUCUUCGUUCCGCUCAACACCUUGAUUCUGAACUUUACUCACUUGUUGGUGUAUUCCAAGUCAGAUUUGGCUGAAAUGACCACACCUGCAGCUUUGCUGAUUCGAGAUUCCAUUGCGGAAGUGGACAACAUCACUCUCUUCGAUAGGGACUUGGACGAGAAUGAAGUUGGAGGUGAAAUCACCUGGGACCCUCCAACGGAAGAGCGCAUCGUUGACAAGUACCGGGUGUUCUUCCAGAUUGACGCAGCAGGAACUGUUAAGAGCCAGGUGGAUACCGACAAGCCGCGAGGAGACCUGGCAGUAGCAUUCCCCGGCGACACGGAUAUCACUGGGAUGACUUGGAUUGGCGUUUGGAUCACUGCCUUCGGUGUGGAGCAGCAAACACCCUCGGUCACACAGGUCGUGGAUACGAUCUCAUCCGUGGGCUUUGUGAAGUUUGCUGACGAAGACCUUGAUGCACUGCAGUUAGCUGGCACCAUUUCUUGGGGACCCCCAGCGGAGAUCACCUAUAACCAGGACUAUGUGAUCUACUUUGCCCAAAGUGAAACUGGUACAGCGCGAUCGCUGGUAGGCGUGGUCCCAUUGGGCACCAACUCAUUGGCAGUCCCCUUGGACACCUACUUCAGUCAAUUCACCCACUUCGUGGUCUACACCCGCUCCAUUGCCUAUGAGCAGAGCACACCCUUAGGUGUGCAACUCUAUGAUCACAAUGGCUUGGUUCAGAACCUAGCCUUCAGUGACAAUGAUUUGGACGAGAACAUGCUCGGAGGGCUUCUUCAAUGGACCUUGCCUGCUGACACCUCUGCAGUGCAGCAGUACAACAUCUACUUUACGUUCACGGCUGAUCAGUUUGAUCCGCUCUUCCGUCGAGACAUUGUGGCCCUGGGGCUCUCUCCCAGCGCCACCCACCAAAUGUUGCCUUUGGGCACGCCGGGAGACCUGGACUCGGAAACGCGCAACGGAAGUGGUCACGGUGCGACAGGCUUUUUUCCUUACUACUUCAAGUAA